AGGAGGAGGAGGAACAGGAGCUGCUGGAUCCGCCUGCCAGUCCAGAUUCAGGGUUUAUUUCUCCUCGCUGCGUCCAGCUGGUUCUGAUCCGGUUCUCCCGGGACCAUCUCAGUCUGUCCGGCGGCUCCAGCUGCCGCGGUUCGGACAGCCGGGUCGGGUUCCUCCGGGUCAGAGGGGAGAUGAGAAUCAUUUAUUAGCUGCAGCGUCAGGAAGGAGCUUUAGGAAGUUUGGUUAGGAAACUCUGAUCCCGUCCGCAGAGACGAACCGAACCGAACCGAACCUCCAGGAUGCUGUCAGGGAAUCCCGGGACUUUAUUCCUGAUCCACGGAUCCGGAUCUUCUGUGAGGAACGAGAUUAUUUCAGUUUUUGUUCUGGAAUCAGGAGGAAGUUUGAUCUGCAUCUCCUGAACUCUGAGGAGGAAAUCUGGAGUUUCCGUCCAGAUCCAACAGAACCGUAAAGAGUUCGGUUUCCUGACUUGAUUUAGGAGUAAAAAGGAAAACAUCAGAUUUACCUGCCAGGUACUGAAGAUCAAAGCUGCAGCUAUCGGGUUUCCAUCCCGUCUUCAACAGAACCAGUUUGGACCAUUUAGGAACCAGACGAAGUUCUGCUGGUUUCAUUUUCCUGUUCGGCGUUAAAUCGGAUCGUCUGGAAGGAAACUGAAGGUUUCCUGCUGUUUCCUGACCCAGUUUAAGGUUCGGAUUCUGCAGCAGCUUCAGGAAAACAUGAAGGUCAAAAACCAGGUCAGGAUCCAGAAACAGCUUCAGAAAAACUGAGGAAUUUGAUUCACUUAGGAGAAAUUUAACCUGCUGCAAACUUUAAAGAUCCUCCCUCUGAAGAAAAGAUCCAGGAUUUUCUCCGUUUCCUUCUUUUUGUCUUUAGUGUCGUUUUUAUUGUGGAAAGUUUUUUAACUUGACGAACGCCAAGCUGAGGAUUCUUAGAAAACCUGACAGCAUCACAGAGCUGCAGGUUUCCAGAAACAACUUUCUGAUACAAACCAGAAGAAUCUGGAAAUGAAACUGAUUCAUUUCUGCAGGAAAAACUUCAGCUUCCUGCUGGACGAUGGACAGGUCAGCCAGUUUCCACCAAACAGGGUUUUCUCCGUUUUCUCAGGUUUAUUUUACAAUAAAGCUGAAAUAUUUUAUUCAAAUUAAAAGCAGAAGAAACAAAAACAAACAAGAAUUUCUGGACAUGGAGGAUUUUCUUCACUUUGGCAACAAAAACAUCAUGAAAACCAGAUAAAAAAUGGAGAAUUAAAAUCCAACGAUACGCAGAUGACAACGUUAUUUAUAUCAAAGCUCAGAAAACUUAAUCUGAGUUUGUUAAUCUGAGCUCAUCCAGUUUAAUAAGGGAUUAUAAUUUCCUCUGAAGUUGGACGAGAGUUUGGUUUGUUUCCUCUGGUUGCCAUGGUGCCUGGAGCGCCGGGCGGCGGUGCAGGCAGCGGCGGGCGCGGCGCCGGCGGACGCUGCCUGCUGCGCUGGCUGGGCCUGCGGCUCUGGUCCCGCCGGGGAACGCUGCUCUUCGCUCUGCUCUGGUUCGGAUCCUGGCUCUUCCUCAAUGGCCUGGUUCUGGUCCACCGGACCAUCCUGUCCGACUUCUGCACCGACGACAAGAGCAAGAGGAUCCUGCAGCGUCUGUGUCUGGACUUCAGCCGCGGCUCGCUGAGCGGAGAUCUGUGUGAGGAUCUGUGUGUCGGCGGCCUGGUGGAAUAUCAGCGCUGCCUUUACUACGAGAACGGAAAGAAGGUGAUGGAGGCGCGAUGGAGGGGAAACCGGGUCAUCCUCAAGUCCAAACUGGAGAACUUCUCCUCCUACGAGCCGCUGGGCCUCCUGGACUACCAGGAAGCAGGAGAGGAGCUGUCGGCGCUGGACGUGGUUCUUUACGCCACUCUGGAGGUGAGAAACUCUCUGGGUCUGGCUGAGGAGGAGGAGGAGGAGGAAGAGGAGGGAGGAGGAAGGAACGGCUCCAGCCUGUGGAGGCAGAAACUGAAGCUGAGAGAGAAAAGUUACUCCAGAGCCGAUCUGGGCUCACUGUGGGCUCUGCUGCAGCAGGAGGAGUACACCUUCCUCAGAGUUCUGCAGGACCUCAGCCCCCAUGUGGCCCAGGUUCUGGGCUCCUGCGGCCAUUUCUACGCCGUGGAGUUCCUGUCGGCCGGACACGCCUGGGACCAGAACCUGUUCUCCAUGGACGAGGUGCCGGGUCACGCCGCAGGUUCUGGUCGGUGGAGCUCCAGGCUGGUGGUGCAUCGGAUCGCGCUGAGCUUCAUGGACAUGGUCCGGCACUUCGACGACGACUUCACUCACAAACUGCAUCUGUGUGACGUCAAACCGGAGAACUUUGCAGUCCGGAAGGAUCUGACGGUGGUGGCCAUCGACGUGGACAUGGCGUUCUUCGAGCCCAAGAUGAGGGACAUCCUGGAGCAGAACUGCAGCAGCGACGACGACUGUAACUUCUUCGACUGCUGGUCCAGGUGUGAGGCGCAGCGGCGGCGCUGCAGCCCGCGGCGCCGCAACACCAACCUGCAGGUGAUUUGUGAGAAAAUCUUCAGGCCUUGGUUUUCUCCCACCGUUCUGGGGGCCAAAGCAGGGCUCCCCCUGCAGGUGGAGCUGCAGCGAGCCGUGCAGGACUGCUCCGAGACCGACGGCGGCGCCGGCGACGAGGGCGGAGCCCGCAGGGUCCAUCAGCGCCUCCUGGCCGUCCUCAGAGCCCUGCUGCAGGAGGAAGUGGCUCCUGAGGACAGGAAGUGGACAAAAGAUGAAGCGGAGCACGUCCACACGGCGCUGAACUUCUGAGAGGAACCAAACAAAACGUCCUUCAUGAUGAUCGGACUGUUCUGGAGACAAUUCCUGCUGUUUCCAGAACCUCAUCAGAACCUCGUCAUGACAUCAGAACCUCAUCAUGACAUCAGAACCUCAUCAGGACACCAACCGGUCAGAUCUGAUCCAGAAAGUCUGGAUAAGUCCAAUCUAAAUGUUCUGAAGUUCUGGUCGUUUUCACCAACAUGGAGGAACUUUAGUUUAAUCUGCAGAGAAAAUCCCAGAUAUUUUACAAAAUAAUAUUAAUAAUGUUUACAAAAUAAUCCCAGAUAUUUUACAAAAUAAUAUUAAUAAUGUUUACAAAAUAAUCCCAGAUAUUUUACAAAAUAAUAUUAAUAAUGUUUACAAAAUAAUCCCAGAUAUUUUACAAACUGUUUCAAAAUCAGAUGUUUUUGGUUUGGAAACCAAUGUAGUCAAACAACCAGAACGGAUCAGAACCGGACGGGUUCUGAUGGUUUCUUGUUUGUACUGAGCUUCUUGUUCAUCGGAGUGUAAAUAUGGAAAUAGACGGUUUAUAAAAAUGAUUGUGAUUUUAAUGAA